CGGCGGCAUCGGCACAGACACAGGCACGGGCACAGGCACGGGCACGGGCUUCCCCAUCCAAGUCGACAGAGCCUCACGGUCAGCCCAGCAUCAGCAUCAUCUCGAGGCGGAGAAUAAAGACAACGCUCCCUUUGUCGAGUAGCAUCCUCUGGAGGAGAUAUGGGCUACCGAUAACCGGCGGGAGGGAGGGCGGCCAGAGGGUGGUGGGAGACCGAGAAGAGAGAACAAACUGUUAUAGGAAGGAAAGCACCGACCGCUUCCGCCCCGCCAAAAUGAAAGGGUUGCAACGCUUGCGUGAGCCGCCGAUGCACACGGGGACAAUGUCGUGAUUCACCGACUUUAGCAGCUUUCGCAAAGCAAACACGAGUCCGCCAAGGAACGGGGAAAACAUGUCGGCCUCGGUGGGGCCCCGCGGCGGCCCUCGCCCACCCACUGCGCCGCCCUCGAUGCCCGAGCUGCCGGACCUCAGCCACCUCACGGAGGAGGAGAGGAAGAUUAUCAUGGCUGUGAUGGUUCGGCAACGGGAGGAGGAGGCCAAGGAGCAGCAGGCCAUGAUCAAAGAAGAGAAGCCCAUACAAGCAAAAACGGUGAACCUAGUUGGGAACAGGAAACCUCCACAGCAGAACGACAUCAGUAUGCACCAGCAGUAUACCAGCUAUAAGGAGCAGGUGCGGCGGAUAACGCAGGAGCCUCAGCAGAGGCAGCAGGGCCAGCACAAGGAUGAUGCACCCACCUGUGGCAUUUGCCACAAAACAAAGUUUGCAGACGGCUGUGGGAACCUCUGUUCUUACUGUCAGACCAAGUUCUGUGCCCGCUGUGGAGGAAGGGUGUCUCUGCGCUCCAACAGUAAGGAAGAUAAGGUGAUGUGGGUAUGUAACAAGUGCCGUAAGCAGCAGGACAUGCUCACGAAUUCAGGGGAAUGGUUUGCAGAACAGGGGCCAAAGGCAAAGCCAUCACUAAAGAAAGCAAUGAGCGAUCCAGCCGAGUGUGCAGAUCCUGCAGGAGACAAGAAAGUACGUUCUAGGUCUCAGAUUCCUCUUGGUUCCUCUGCCUCCACUGCCCAGGACAACCAGCUGAACAAAAACAAAAGCCCUGCUGCUGGACAGGCCGACCUGCCUUCAUCUCGAUCCCGCAGUGAACCACCACAAGAAAGAAAAAAGCAAUCGUCAACCUCAGACCAGAACGGCAAGCCCGGAUCAAGGGUGGAAAGGCGCCGGGGAUUGGCCAAAAUCCAGUCGCAACCUUCACAGGAGUGGGAGCCCGGGGACGCUCGUCGAGAGACUCGCCAUCUGGUUAAGGCCCGAUCACAAGAACGGAGCUAUACUGACAUAAAGGGAAGUGUGGGGGAGCUGAGAAGGACAGAGGGUGAACAGAGGCUACUUCGAGAGGAACAGCGAAACGACCCUCCACACCUCCCUGUUAAGGCCCAGCCGACAGAGCAGGAGAAACGUGUGCACCAAAAAGCACCACGGCUUAGACAGGGGGAUACAGGAGUGCCUGAGAGACAAGCUGGCGAGGUGCUCACAGAGAAUAGAACAGGCCGAAGGUGGGCAGAGGAGCGCCAACCAUCUUUAGAGAGCAAGCAGCAAGGGAUUAAAGGGGAGAGGACUGUGGGGGGCACAACAGGAACUGCAGUGCAAGCACCUAAACCUAAUCACACCCCUCAGCCACCUGCCCCAGGGUUCCGUGUGGGUCCUGCUGCUCCCACCGGAACCCCAGAACUCAGGGAGCCUCCUGAAAGGGACAGGAAGCUUCAGCCGAGCCACCUGGAGCCAGGUGUGGCGCGCAAAGCCAAGCGGGAAAAAGCUGAGAGCAUGCUGCGUAAUGACUCCCUCAGCUCCGACCAAUCAGAAUGCCUGCGGCCUCCCCCACCCCGCCCCUACAAGUCAAAGCGUGGAGGGAACAAGCGGCAAAUGUCAGUCAGUAGCUCAGAGGAGGAAGGCGGCUCCACGCCUGAGUACACUAGCUGUGAGGAUGGAGAGAUCGAGAGCGUCAGUGAGAGAGGGGACUGGGAGUCUUAUUCUCUGGAUCCCACUGUGUGGCAUCAUCCGGUUACGUGGCAGCCCUCCAAGGAAGGUGAUCAUUUAAUUGGUCGAAUUACCCUGAGCAAGCGCACAGCCAUGCCCAAAGAGUCUGGAGCACUGCUGGGGCUAAAGGUGGCAGGGGGGAAGAUCACAGAAACAGGGAGACUUGGGGCCUUCAUCACCAAAGUUAAAAAAGGAAGUCUGGCGGAUGUGGUGGGCCAUUUGCGGGCAGGAGAUGAGGUGCUACAGUGGAAUGGGAAAUCAUUGCCUGGAUUAACCACGAAGGAGGUUUACAAUAUUAUCUUGGAUUCGCAAACGGAACCCCAAGUCGAAUUAGUUGUCUCAAGGCCCAUCGGCGAUAUACCCAGAAUACCAGAAACAUCCCACCCUCCAUUAGAAUCUACAGGCUCAAGUUCCUUCGAAUCUCAGAAAAUGGAGCGCCCAUCUAUAUCCGUCAUGUCCCCUUCCAGUCCUAGUGGUUUGCGAGAUGCCCCUCAACUGCUCCCUGGGCAGCUCUCGGUGAAAAUGUGGUAUGAUAAGGUUGGCCAUCAGUUGAUCGUGAAUGUGCUACAGGCCAAAGACCUGCCCCCCCGACCGGAUGGACGGCCCAGGAACCCUUACGUUAAAAUGUACUUCCUUCCUGAUAGAAGUGAUAAAAGCAAACGAAGGACAAAAACGGUCAAAAAGAGUUCAGAGCCCAAGUGGAACCAGACGUUUGUGUACUCACAUGUGCACCGGCGGGACUUCAGAGAGCACAUGCUGGAAAUCACAGUGUGGGACCAGCCGAAAGUUCAGGAAGAGGAAAGCAGUUUCUUAGGAGAGAUUCUGAUUGAGCUGGAGACCGCUUUGUUGGACGAUAAGCCUCACUGGUACAAGUUGCAGACUCAUGAUGUGUCUUCUAUUCCACUGCCCCAUCCCUCACCUUACCUGCCCCGGAGACACACCCACAGUGACAGUCCCACUAAAAAGUUGCAGCGCUCUCAGCGCAUCACAGAAUCAGAUUAUGAUGAUGGUAUUGGCGUAGUGGCUGCAGCUGCAGAAAGUCGACCAAGAGAAAAGGAGAGGGAACGAGGGAGAGAAAGGGAAAGAGAGAGGGAGAGAGAGCGGACUACACUCGAGGUUCCUGAGCAGCAGAGGUCGACACAUCAUCGCUCUCGCUCAGUAUCGCCUCACAGGGAAACAGAGAGCAGGGCAAGAUCACGGCCUGCAAAUGUUCCCAUGCAGAGGAGUUUGGAUGAGGCACAGCAUAGCCGCAGGUCUCGUUCACCCACCCGCUAUCAUGAGCAUGGUCGUGUACAAGAGAGAGAAUAUGUGGAUGACAGUGAGGUCAUCUUGAUACACAGAUCAGUGCGGGGUAGGAGCGCAGAGUGCCUGCACAUCACAAGUGAUCUGCAGCCCCCUCUUGACAGGGUUAGAAGUGCUAGUACCAACUGUCUGAGACCAGAUUCAAAUUCCAAUUCACCCGAUCGAGAAAGGAGCACGCAGUCUCUCCCCCGCAUCAGACCCACCAGCCCCAGGAUCCUUAUCCAACACGCCUCCCCUGAGGAUGACAGCUGGAUUUUGGAGCCUAUUUUUCCUACUCAGGAGACAGUAUACCACCUCAGUGCAAGGCCGGGGGCACAGAGGCACCCAGGAAUUCUGGACAAGCCUAGCUUUCAGAAACCUGGCAAGAAAAAAUCGGAUAGUGAACGGGUUCAUCCACAUGCCAGUACGGCAUACACUUCAUCGGCAGGAACUUCCUCGUCAGCACGCAGAGGCCGACAGUUACCCCAAGUCCCAGCUAAAAGCAGUAGUGUAGAACAAGCCCUUGCUUCGGAGGAGCGAACACGGCAGAUGAAGGUACAUUCCUUUAGGACAGCAGCUCCCUCCAGUACCAGCCAGGACAUGGAGAGGGCGCUCAAGAACAAAAGAGAGCUGUAUAAAGAGCAGCGAAGGAGCUGUGAUAAUGUAUCCCAUAAAUCCUCAGACAGUGAUGUCAGCGACGUGUCAGCCAUCUCUCGUGCCAGCAGUGCCUCAAGGAUAAGUAGCACCAGCUACAUGUCCAUCCAAUCAGAGCGGCCCAGGGGUCAUUUUAGCCGCCAUGUUCACCCAUCCAGCAUGUUGAAGAGCACGAGUGUGAGUGGUGAAAUCUUUACCCUGGAGCGGACAGAUGGCAGCCAGUCAGACACGGCUCUGGGAACACUGGGGACAGGAGGGAAGAAGCGGCGCUCCAGUCUUAGUGCUCGUGUGGUAGCCAUUGUGGGUAUUCCCUCACGACGCAGUAGGAGCACCUCUCAGCUCAGCCAAACAGAAGCAGCAAAUAAGAAGACAAAAGGCUCAAGUCAGAUCCAGAGGAGUCAGGAGACAGGCAUGGCAGUGGAGUAUCCCCGCAAUGCAAUGGCUCGCCAGGCCAGUCGCGAGUCCACUGAUGGCAGCAUGAACAGCUACAGCUCUGAGGGGAAUCUAAUCUUCUCAGGUAUGAGGUUGGGGGCUGACAGCCAGUUCAGUGACUUCCUCGAUGGCCUUGGACCUGCACAGUUAGUUGGGAGGCAGACACUAGCAACCCCCUCAAUGGGAGAUGUUCAGAUCGGCUUAAUGGAUAAAAAGGGACAGUUGGAGGUGGAGGUGAUCAGGGCACGUGGCCUUACCUCCAAACCAGGAUCAAAAUCGCUGCCAGCUCCAUAUGUCAAGGUCUACUUGCUGGAUAAUGGCGCAUGCAAAGCCAAAAAGAAAACUAAGAUUGCACGAAAAACCCUCGACCCAUUGUAUCAGCAGCCACUGCUGUUUGAAGAGAGUCCGCAGGGUAAAGUUCUGCAGGUAAUAGUGUGGGGUGACUAUGGACGCAUGGACCACAAAUGCUUCAUGGGAGUUGCACAGAUCCUUUUAGAAGAGCUGGACCUUUCUAGUACAGUGAUUGGCUGGUAUAAACUGUUUCCCCCAUCCUCAUUGGUGGACCCAACACUAGCUCCUCUUACUCGGCGUGCUUCCCAGUCAUCACUCGAUUCAGGGCCAACAGGCGUCAGGUCCUAGUGAACAGGAGAGAGAGGACACGAGAUAAAACAUGCCCGAAUAGAGCAAAGGCCCAUGGCAAAAAAUAAAACGCCAGAGGGGCAGCCAGGAAGACGGACAGAUUCACGAUCAAAGCUUUGCUGGAGCCUGACAAUCAAUUCUCCUCUCUUUUAUUUCUGACCUUUGGAUUGCUGAGAUUUCCCUUGAUCCACUCUGCUCCUUACUGCAUGUUCUGUUUGUUUUAGCCAUGUUGCUGAGAUGAUGAUGAUGAUGAUGAUGAUGAUGAUGAUGAUGAGCAAGCCCAAAUUAAAAGAGGGAAUGACAAGCAGCUGAAAGCAAUCCACUGUGGCUGACAGAGAGAGAGGUAGAGAGUGAGAGAGAGAGAGAGAGAGAGAGAGUGAGAGAGAGAGAGAGAGAGAGAGAGAGAGAGAGAGAGAGGAGCUGAACCGUGGUGCUGGUUGCCUGAGUGCUUCUUGCCAGUCAGUAACAUUUAGUAGCUAUUUUAUAACCAUAUAAGGUGUGAGUAAGAGUAUGUGAGACAGAGGUGUGAUGCCGGAUCAGUGAGACUGAAGACACCUUUGUCCCUCUCUUAGCCCAACUGUAUAGGAAGCUUCUUUGCUGAAGGGUUAAAGGGCAAGGGCUAGUCUUCUCAGAGUUUCCCCUCCUCCUCACGAACAGUGAGCGCAGGGCCUCUCCUCAGGUCAGGCCUACAUUAAAACCUUUGUCUGUUUACAGCAGUUACAAUCGACUGCUUUGCCUUUUUUCUUUUUUUUUUUUACUUUCUCAUGUAAUUGUUACAGACACCUUGUAGAAUGUGAACACAUGGCUCAAUUGGACAGUUGUGUUGUUUAAGCUUGAAGGAAGAUGCAAACCCACACUCAGUAGAACACUGGGACUGAGGUUUAUUUCAGCCUGGCCAGGAGAUUAUAAGAAUGGCCAACUGACGUAAAUACACUAAUAAUUCUGGCCGCCCAGGGUACUGGCCCUUAGAUAUACUUUGUGCUCUUGAGAGUAAAUAGAGAACUGGUCACUAAGGACAGACACCGUGCACACGGGUAAUAGCCGGUCACUUUAUUUGACUUGGGUCAUUGGGACCUGCCCAUAAAUGAAUUUCUAUCUAAGUAGAGUUAUUUUGAAGCAAGCACAAAUGCUUGAUAUUUUUAAACGAAAUUUUAAAAGAAGAUUAUAACAGCCCAAAAUUAUCAUUAGAUAUUUUUGCAUUUUUUAUUUUGUGGCAGUUUAAGUAAAUAUAUAUAUAUAUAUAUAUAUAUAUAUAUAUAUAUAUAUAUAUAUAUAUAUAUAUAUAUAUAUAUAUAAAAUAAAUUAAUAAAGAAAUCAAGUUCUCUUCCCGAGCAUCUGGACGAACGUGAUAGUAAGUGAGAGGUGGUUUAGGAGAAGGCCUGACACGGUGACCUCCCAAAACUCACCACCUUCUCUUCCCAACAUGGGCAACAGCAUGACUCUGGAACGUUCCAAGCUGCAUGCACAUUUUGUAAAACAAGACAGAUGAGAAAAAAGAGACUAAAAUAAAUGUGUGUUAGUUCCACAUACUGUAGGCCAGCUUGUAUGUUGCAUGUACUUGUACAGUUUGCUCGUACUUGAUAUUAAUAGAUUAACCAAUAAAAUGAAGCCAUUCAUUCCAUGUGUGGGCAUUUGGCCAAGUUCAGCCAUGCACACAGCCCUCAUUUUGGGGCAGAAUGUCUAUAAAGAGUUUUUGACUUAUUUCCUUUUUUACCCUAUGGAUAAAUAAGUUCUAUUCUGUAGUACUGAGCAAACAUGAGGCCCUAAUUUUUUUACUGAAUAUGUUGGUGUUCUCUGUAGUCUACUUCUGUGGGGCUCGAACUAACCUAGAUAAUAAUAAAAAAUAAUAAAAAAACAGAAUGAAAAUUUUAUAUAUAUAUAUAUAUAUAUAUAUAUAUAUAUAUUUACAAGGUGGCCCCCUGUUAAAAUGUUAUUAACGCUCUGUCUCCUGGCUCCAUUGAAUGAAACAAAGGCUGAGAAAGGACACCUCCAGAGUUUUUGGUUCUUUCAGAUAUAUGUGGCUAUAAAAUAAUCACUAUAAUUGGGACCUCUGCUUAUCUGUUACAGCAUUAGAACAAAAUCCAUGAGAUCCUGUUUUGAUAAAAAAUAAAAAAAUAAAAAAAUAAAAAGUUUACUUUUCAUGUCCGUUAUAACAGACCUUUUUUCCUUUGUCAGUAUUACUCAAGGAUACUGAUUGUUUACAAUUCAUGUGUCCCACUGAAACAGAAUAGAAAGUAUUCACUGCAACAUUUCUUGUUUGUACAACAGAUGUUACUUAAAUGAUGUGUAUGUUUUAUAUUCAAGAGUUCAUUUUUAUUAUUUACAAAUAAAAGACUGUGUGGAAAAACAA